AUGCCGCCCAAGAAGGGAGCGAAGCGCGCAGCGCCGACAAAUGGCGCGACCAAUGGAGCAAGCAAGAAGCCUAAGGUCAAGUCCUCAGACCCAUUGCGCGAACCUCACCCAUUCUACCAAGAGUCCGAAGAGAAUGGCAUUGUCCUGCGGAAGUUCUACCCACACGAGAUGAGCAACGCUCGUGCACGGGCGUACAACAGCGACGAGUUACCGCGACCUAUUGAGCUGCUGAACUCGGCUAUGGCCGACACAGUAACCCAGAGGAAGAAGGUUGCAGUCAAGGAUGCGGUUGUUCACUGGUUCAAAAUGGACCUUCGCACAGCGGACAACCGCGCGUUGUCUCUGGCAGGUGAAAAGGCGAAGGAAGCCGGGGUUCCUCUUAUUGCUUUAUACAUUGUCAGCCCCCAGGACUUCGAGGCGCAUCUGACGUCGGCUCCCCGCGUCAACUUCAUGCUGCGCACAUUAGACAUCUUGAGAGCCGAUCUCGCGAAGCUCGACAUACCGCUGUAUGUUGAGACCAUUGAGAAGAGGAAAACGAUCCCAAAACGCAUAGUCGACCUGAUGCAAGAGUGGGGUGCGAGCCAUUUGUUUGCAAAUAUGGAGUAUGAGGUGGACGAGCUCCGUAGAGAAGCAGACAUGGUGAGGACACUUGCCGAGAAGGGCUUGUCUUUCGAAGUUGUUCACGACACCUGCGUUGUGCCGCCAGGUAGCCUUACCAGCGGAUCCGGCAAGCCAUACGCCGUCUAUAGCCCCUGGUACAGGUCUUAUGUCGUGCAUCUGCAGGACAAUCCUGAGUUGCUUGAAGUAGUGCCACCCCCAGCUAAGAACGCACCCGCGGCGCGGAAGAAGUUCGCCAAGCUGUUCAGCUGCAAGAUACCGAACGCCCCGAAUAACAAAAGCCUAAGCGCAGAAGAGGCCAUGCGCUACGAGGCCCUAUGGCCACCUGGCGAGCAUGAGGCGCAGAAGAGACUGGACAUGUUCUGUGAGGAGAAGGUCGGUACGUACGCAGCUAAACGAAACUUCCCGGCUGAGGUAGGGACAUCGUCAAUCUCGGUCCAUCUGUCCAGUGGCACGUUAAGCGCACGAAUGGCAAUCAGAACAGCGAGAGAUCGUAACAAGACGAAGAAGCUCAAUGCCGGGAAUGAAGGCAUCCAGACCUGGAUCGGAGAAGUAGCAUGGCGCGACUUCUACAAGCACGUGUUGGUUCAUUGGCCAUAUGUGUGCAUGAACAAGCCCUUCAAGCCUGAAUACUCCAAUAUCGAGUGGUCUUAUGAUCAAGAACACUUCAAAGCUUGGACUGAGGGGCGCACUGGCUUCCCAAUUGUCGACGCUGCGAUGCGCCAACUCACACAUGUAGGAUGGAUGCACAAUCGCUGUCGGAUGAUUGUCGCCUCCUUUCUGUCAAAAGAUCUCCUCAUCGACUGGCGAAUGGGCGAACGAUUCUUCAUGGAGCAUUUAGUGGACGGCGACUUUGCAAGCAACAACGGAGGUUGGGGUUUUGCGGCUUCUGUGGGUGUCGACCCGCAGCCGUAUUUCAGGAUCUUCAACCCUUUACUGCAAAGCGAGAAGUUUGACGCAGACGGAGAGUAUAUCCGCAAAUGGGUCCCGGAACUGAAAGGUAUUGAGGGCAAGGCUAUCCACGAUCCAUAUGGACGAGGGGCGGGCGCACAGGCGAAGAAGAAGGGCUAUCCUGAGCCGAUUGUUGAGCACAAGGGGAGCAGAGAGCGGGCUCUUACGGCUUACAAGAAGGGAAUCGAGAGCGAUAUGUGA